AUGUGUUUUGGAUGUGCAAUUGUUGCGCCGAACUAUUCAAAAACAGCAGCUUCAGAAACAUGAUCGACAAUGGAACAAGCGGUUGUUCUGAACCGAAGGAAAUUGUCUCGCUGAAGGACGAUAUUGCCAAGCUUAGCCAAGUUGUAGAGGGUUUGGCCGCAAAAGUCGAUGCGAAAACACUGGCUCCUAACAAGUCGACAGCGUGGGUAAACGCGAAACGGUCUGCUAUGGAAUCAAACACCCCUAAACGCAGGCGCGGUGACACCGGCAGUCCUAUUUCCAGCCCUACGAUGCCAACCAGGACCUGUGGAACCAAGCCAAUGAGCGCUUUCGACCCCCAAACGACUGAAGCUGAAAUAGCAUCUCUGGUUCGUGAAUGUUUGGAUUUGGGCUCUUGCACUGAGCCUAAAGUUAUAAAACUGGUUCCUAAGGGCAAGGAGCUCAGCGCAAUGAACUUCGUGUCUUUCAAGAUUGGGAUCAGUUCAAAAUUAAGAUGCUCUGCGUUGUCACGAGACUCAUGGCCGGAAAAUGUCAUAUUUCGAGAAUUCGAGGAUCGUUCAAAAAACCAGCUCAGAAUUACCAGGAUCAAUCGAAUUCUACCAGUGGAACCACAACCAUCAGAAGGAGAUCCAGUUGUACAGAUGGACGCUUAAUACCCGGCAUAUCACCGCUACCUCCAUCGCUUCAUUCUUCAGGAAUACUGUGCACCGCAUCUUCAGGUCAGAUACCGGGAUGCAAACUUGCCGCACGCACAGUGGAAGCCCCUAAUCUGCCCAUCACA